UUGUCGACAGAUUUCUUUUUUCUAUUAAGUAAACCCCAUAAAUUCCAGAAUCGCAAAGCUCAGGGAGUUUUUGAUGUGCUUAGGCAACACACUGAUAGUGAGAAUCGUCAACCGUCUGAGAAAUUCAUACGAACGCCGUCUAGAAGGACAGAACCUGACUACUACAAGCAAGUGAAAUCUCCUAUUGAUCUUACAAGAAUCCAGCAAAAAUUGAAGACUGAGGAGUAUCUCACGUUUGAGGAAUUUUGCAGAGAUGUCGAGCUGUUGAUGGAAAAUACGCGAAUGUAUUAUAAGGAGGAGACUGAGGAGCAUAAGGCUGCUACCGAACUUUAUGAACUCUACAAAGUUAUCAAAGAUAAAGUUGCCAAAGGGGAGCCAAUCGAAGAUCCUACAAUGGAUGAUAAUCCAUCUAGCUCU